CUGGCAGCAGACAGGACUCAGGGCUGUGAAUGGUAAAGUAGUUGGGUAAAUUUCACCCUAGAGGCACUAGAUUAUGGCUCAGUCUAGAAGGGGAACAAGCAAUGCAACAGCAGCAGGAACAGCAGAANCAGGAACAGAAACAGCAGCAGCAGCUGUAACAGCAGNAGCAGGNACANCAGCAACAGCAACAAGAACAAGGCCUCAAACCUUCAGCCCAGAGGUCCCAGAAGGGUGUGGUGUGAACCUUCGGGUGCUCUUUGUCUACAAGGACUGCACGAGGGACUGCACAUUUGUGUAUAGAAGGCACGUGCCUCCAGAACUCCCUAGGGUGCUUAAAGAUGUCAAGAACUUCUACUUUGUCUUGUGCUGUGGGAGUGUAGUUUGCAAUGAGGGAGGACCCAGAAAUAUGGAGAGGGACUUGUUAAGUGAAACUUCCAUAGAGGAAGAGGUAAUUGCUAGAGCUGUGAGUCUGGGGUGGGUCAACCUUCUCCUGUGUCUUGCCUUGAUCCUCUCCAGCAUCAUACUGACCUGACAACCCCCCCUUUGGGUGUACUCAUCUUCCCACAGUUGAAAGCACCUUUGUACUUUGUUGCUUCCUUGUGAAGCAGAGACAGUGUCCAGAGCACCUUUUGGGCCCAUUCAUCAUUUCUUGUAGUAAAGAAAUAAAGGCAUCGUUU